GCGCAGUUGUAUCUUUCACUCCUUCCUCAGUCCCUCCAUCAGGUCUCAGCCCAGCCCUCUCAAUUUAACCGCUACACUAGUCGCAAUGGGCCAGUAUUGGAAACUUAUCAACAUCGACCAGAGGCAGUCAGUGAGCUGGGGCAAACUCUGCCAGGUGAUAUUCGCCCCAACUCUAAUAAAUCUGGUAUGGUUACUCGCCAUGCCUCGUAAGCCCAAGCCUUACGACCGCUCUAAUGAACGAGGGCGCAGCAAAGACCCGCGCGACCUUGGCGCUCUUAAUCUCCCCUUCGACGUCUUGGCUGCCAUAUUCGAGGCCAUCGGCAGCGAGAAUAUCGUAGACGCUGCCUAUCUCGCUCUCACCAACACGUUUCUGCGCGCUAUUGGCCAGAAGCGUAUCUACAACGAACUAGCCUCGUAUUAUGCUGCAUGGUACCUAGAGCGUAUCAUCUGCGUUGGCGACUACCUUGAAGGCGACGACCUGCCUCCCGACAUCUUGAAGGAGGACGAGAAAGAGUCGCUCAGCGGCGACAUUUCCGACACUAACAGUGACGAUGACAGUACAUCCAAUCACUCGGAUGUGCCACACGGCGCGCGUCUGUAUCAUGCGGCUGAUGCUGAGACCAACCGCUCAUCCAGGACCAUUGGGCACUGGCGGAAACGGUUUGCCGCCAAGGGCAAGUUGUCCAAGGCUGAGCGCCGCGAAUUGGAGGACUUGAUACGCGCCGACUUCUCCUGGGACGGGAGGCAAGAGACCGAGUGGAUCCUGUGCAACUGGACACGCGCGGAAUACGUACGUAACGGCGGGGUCGCUAGGCUCACCGGUUCAGAAAUCGACGGCCCUAUGACAAGCGCCGAUCCAAGCCUCGGUCAUGUCCUCCUCACGCAGAUCUGCUGGUCGUCGGACGAUUCGACGAGCGUCAACUACCGCGGCCCCCUUCACCGUGGUCGCUGGGCGGGGCACUACAUUGCGAUAACCACCAUGGACCAGCUGACGGAGAACGUCAGAUUUGCGGACAAAGAGAAAUGGGUCGACGUCACGGAAGAGGUUGUAGCUCAGGUGUUGGAGAUUUGGCGAGCUGAGCAUCCCGAGGUGCUUGUGCCGCACCUCCGGCUUAAGGGCGAUGUCAGCGACAGCACUCCGGUCUCCACGGACGAGGAAGACAGGGUGCAAAGUGAAGAGAAAGCGGCAGGCAAAGGAGCACUGGCGGGCGGCGAGGUCUCGGGCGAUCGAGAGGAAUGAGACGAAUAAGAGGAUUGCGCCUCGGAAGACGAAGACACCAGGACAUCAGGCAAUGGGGAAUGAUGAAGCUUUGAAGUGUAUGUGACUACAAUCCAUGUCAACCCGGGUGUAGUUUGUGGUGCGCGGCACAGUGGCUGAGGUACAGCGUCCGCAUCGUUUACCUGACAACCGAGACUGGCACUCGGCGCUGCCAAAUCAAGUUCUCAUUAUUGCUUA